UUUGUGAUCAUUAUGGGGGCUCUCGCUCUCCCAUGUCAGAGUAAUAUGGAGAGUGUGUUUCAGGAGCACAAGUUGAUAGUGGUCCCUGCUGGGGGGCCAGUGGACCUUUACUGUAAACAUAAUCACAGCAACUCCAUGGCAAUGCUCUGGUAUCAGCAGAAGACUGGGCAGGGGCUGAAGCUCAUGGUCUAUUCCUCAGGUCCUAAUUCUGGGGAAAUGGAAGAAGGAUUUCAGUCCUGGACACUGAACAGACCUGAUAUUUUCACUUUCAACCUGAGCCUGAAGGCUGCAGGGAGUAGUGACUCAGCUGAGUAUUUCUGUCUGCCAG